AUGUCUUCCGAACGCAUUGCCUGGAUAGGCCUGGGUAACAUUGGCCGCGGCAUGAGCCGCAACAUCGCCCACAAAGGCCCUCAAUCCUCCCCCCUGAUCGUAUACAACCGCACAGCCUCCAAAGCCAGCACCUUUGCCGAAUCGCUGGGCCCCAACAAAGCCACCGUCGCGCAAUCCCUCUCUGAUGCCGUCCGCGCCUCCACCAUCAGCUUCAUCUGCGUCGGCGACGACGCCGCCCUCGACCAGAUCAUCACCACCCUCCUCUCCGACUCGUCGCUCGAUCUGACCUCGAAACUCAUCGUCGACUGCUCCACCGUGCACCCGGACACCUCGCGCCGCAUCCACACCGCCCUGACACAACGCAGUGCCGCCUUCGUCGCCUGUCCGGUCUUCGGGGCCCCGAACGCCGCAGACGCAGGACAGAUGAUCGUGGUCCCCGCCGGAUCCGCGGCGUCGAUCGCGCGCCUGACGCCCUUCUUCGACGGCGUCACGGCCAAAGCGACGCUGGACAUGCCCGGCGACGACGUCGGCGCCGCUACGACGCUCAAGAUCCUGGGCAACACGUUCAUCCUGAACACCGUCGAGUCCAUUGCCGAGGGGCUGGUGGCCGCCGAGAAGUCCGGCCUCGGCGUCCAGGCUUAUCGGAAUUGGGUGCAUACCUUCCUCCCUGGCCCGUUUGCCAAGUAUGCGGACCGCAUGAUCGAGGGGGAUUAUUGGCGGCGCGGGGAGCCGUUGUUUGCGGUCGAUCUGGCGCGCAAGGAUCUGGGCCAUGCGGCGGAUGUGGCGGGGCAGGCGGGCGUUCGGCUGAGGAGCGUCGAGGUCACGGAUGAGUAUUUGAAGCGGGUGAAGGCUGAGAAGGGCGAGAAGGGGGAUCUGGCGGGGGUGUAUGGGGCAAUCAGGCAGGAGUCGGGGCUGCCUUAUGAGAACUGA